AUGGACACACGAGCCGACGACCGACGGGCAGAUGAGCUUGUUAAGCCAAAUUCAAUAACUUUCUGCACAGUUCGUGUUCCGGCUCGUGCGCUGCCAUCAUCUCACUCUUCCGUCCCCCAAUAUGAUCGUCCGGAUGACGCCAACUCUGCUGCUUCACCACAUCUGGUGUUCUGGUUCCUCAUUUUUCACCGUUACAAUUUUCUUGUUGUGUCAGGCAAGAAGCCUCCUGUCCCUCCUCACCUCGUUUUUUGCUCGCCAUCUUUAACUACUAACGAUCAGAUGUUGUUCGAUAUUCUCUCCGAAAACGCACAACAGCUGUGCUUCCCUGCCCGUGCCGGCUUAGUGGUGACCAACCCUAAAUAG